AUGAAAUAUUGGUUUUGCUCCCAGCUGGCUAACCCGGACCCGCCGAUCCCGGAAGGGCUGCGCGACCGUCGGCACCGCAUGAUAUUCGGCAACAUCGAGGUCAUCUACGAGUGGCAUCGCGACAAGUUCGUGCACGAGCUGCACGAGUGCGUGGCCGCGCCGGAACUACUGGGGCCGCUGUUCCACCGCUUCUUCGAGAAGCGCAUGUUCAUGUACGAGCAAUACUGCCGCAACAAGCCCGUCUCUGAGUACAUCGUCUCCGAGCACGACCACUUCUUCCAGGAGCUCAGGCACAAGCUCGGCCACAAACUACAGCUCGGUGACCUGCUGAUCAAGCCGAUCCAACGCAUCCAGAAGUACCACUUGCUGGUGAAGAAGAUCUUAUCGUACUCCGAGCACGCGCGCGCGAACCCCGACGUGCUGGCGUCGCUGCGCCAGGCCAUGCACUACACAGACAUCAUCCCCAAGAACGCCAACAUGAUGAUGGACGUCGGCCGCCUGCAAGGAUUCACGGGCAACAUCACGGCGCAGGGCAAGCUGCUGAUGCAGGAGGCGCUGCAGGUGGCCGACCUGAGCUCCAGCAGCGAGAAGGGCAAGGAGCUUCACGUGUUCCUCUUCGAGCAGUGCGUCAUCUUCAGCGAGGCCGUCGGCAAGAAGAACCAGUACACCAGCCCCACCUACAACUACAAGGGACAUGUGCAGAUGAACAAGAUGGAGCUUGAAGAAGUUGAGAACAACACAGCGUUCAUAAUCCACUCGUUGGACCCGAACAAGCCGCGGCAGUCUUAUCUCUGCAAGGGCCCCGAGGCGUCGCUCCAGGAGUGGAUCGCGGCGCUCUCGCGCAUUCUCAACUCGCAGCGAAUGUUCGGCGAGGCGCUCGAGAACCCCAGCGCCUACCUGCGCGAGCUGCAGGGCCACUCCUCCGCGGGUUCGGGGUGGUGCGGGCUGCGUAAGACGGAGAGCGUGCCGCCGUCGGUGGGCGCGCGGCUGGCGCCUGAGCUGCGGCGCACGCAGCGGCCGCACGCCAAGGCCAACACCAUCAACCUGCCCACCACCGCCAUCCGCGGCGACGAGCGCAAGAAGAGCGCCAACGUCGCCGCCAACAACGCGGCCGCGCACACCUCGCCGCCGCACGCCAACGGGCUGUCGAAGCGGCCCUGGGGCCUGAAGUUGCGCCGGGGCGGCAGCGGCGGCGCCGGCGAGCCCAGCGCCGAGGGCGUGGUGACGGAGCUGCGCCCGCCCGAGCUGUCCGAGCCCGCCACCGACGUCACCGUGUCGCCCGGCGCCAGCGCCACGCUGUCGUGCCGCGCCGGCGCCGCGCGCGCCGCGGCUUCCUGGCGCAAGACCGCGCCCGAGACCCGCGCGCUGCGCCACGGCGACCGCUUCGCCAUCUCGCUCGCGCCCGACGGGCUCGCCACCCUCACGAUACACGCGUGCCGCGCGUCCGACGCCGGCGUCUACUGCUGCCUCAUCAGCAACGAGCUGGGCGGCGUGCAGACUUCGGCGCGGCUGACGGUGGGCGCCGGCGGAGCCCCCGGCGUGCCGGCCGUCCGGGCGCAUCCCGGCGGCGGGCUGGUCGUGCAGUGGGACGAGUCGAGCCCCGCGCAUCUCGAAUACUGCCGCGUCGGCGAGGGCGAGUGGCGUCGUGCCACUGAGACCCCGGCGGCUGCCAACACCUUGGCCCUGGAAGAGUUGCCGGCCGGCCAGUACAGCUUCCGCCUGGUGUGCGCCCGGAGCGGGGCCCCCGGGGCGGCGUCGGGCCCGGCCGCGUGCGGCGGCGGCGGCAGCUGGCAGAGGGAACAGUUCGGGAGGAGAUACAGCAUCGAGGAGGAGAUCGGAAGAGGACGCACGGCGCGAGUUCUGGCAGCUCGUGACACUGGAACGGGACAACGAGUGGCCUUGAAACAGGUGCUGGCGGGGCGUGGUGCGGACGCAACGCGCGAAUACCGCAUGCUGUCGCAGUGCGCGCACGGCGGCGUGGUGCGCGCGAUGGCUCUAUUCGCCGACGUGCCGCGAGCGGGCGCGCACACGCUCGUGCUCGAGCUAGUGGGCGGCGGCCCGCUGCUGGACUGGGCGCAGGCGCACCCCGCGCUGUACACACAGCAAGCGGCCGCACAGCACACGCGACAGCUGCUGUCCGCGCUGGACUACCUGCACGGGAACAAUAUCGCACAUUUAGACGUGAGGCCGGAGAACAUUCUAGUAGAGCUAGGCGGCGCCGCGCCCCAAGUGAAGCUGAUCGACCUGGGCUGCGCGGCCGAGGGGGCGGCGGGGGCGGGCGGGGCGGGGCGCGACGUGCUGCCGCCGGCGCCUGCGCAGCUGGAGUUCGCGCCGCCCGAGUGCGUGCUCGGCCGCCCGCCCGCGCCCGCCUGGGACGCUUGGGCGGCCGGCGUGUUUCUAUACGUCUUCCUUACUGGGGUCUACUUGCACUGGGGCGGCGUGAGCGAGCGCGCGCAGCAGCUGAUCCGCGGCCUGCUGGAGCCCGCGCCGGCCGCGCGCCUGCCGCUGCGGGACGCGCUCGCCGACCCCUGGUUCGAUGAGUGUCUCACUGAAGCGCGACGCCGCUUCCCGCCGGGGCACUGGGGCGGCGUGAGCGAGCGCGCGCAGCAGCUGAUCCGCGGCCUGCUGGAGCCCGCGCCGGCCGCGCGCCUGCCGCUGCGGGACGCGCUCGCCGACCCCUGGUUCGAUGAGUGUCUCACUGAAGCGCGACGCCGCUUCCCGCCGGGGCACUGGGGCGGCGUGAGCGAGCGCGCGCAGCAGCUGAUCCGCGGCCUGCUGGAGCCCGCGCCGGCCGCGCGCCUGCCGCUGCGGGACGCGCUCGCCGACCCCUGGUUCGAUGAGGCGCCACCAACUCCACUAUCGGCGACCCAACUGAAGACUUUCCUGGACCGACGAAGACCGGCGGGGCACGGCAACGCGCUGCACUCGCUGCGGUCGCCCGACACCUGACCGCGCGCGCGCGUCCUUCCCGCCUCUAUCCCUUGCCUCGACGCACGCGCACACGCCGACACCACUGUGGUACAGUACGCAUCUACAGCGAACAUUAUGUAAGCACGAUUUUAUUCAUCAGUCAUUUUAAUACCCAGCACAGUUUUUUUUAUAAUACUCAAAAAUAUUAAAUUAAUUAACUUUAUUUACAUGAAUCAGGGAUUGGUAGCGGUGACUCAUUUUAUUACGAGAUACUACUGUGCGAAGCUAUAUGUUGUGUAUCUAUACACACGUUACUUUCAACUAUUACCCAAGUAAUUGUCACAUGUCCAUGAUUGACUACUGUGAUCUAAACUGGCAUACAUAACUCUCACAAUGCCAUAACUGUCACGGCCCAAUUUCUGAGUUGUAAGUUGGCAAUAAAGUACUACAUAAGUUUUAACUACCGACAAUGUUCCAUUACUAGAGUAUCGGUUGCAUGCAACUGUUAUAUUUUGGAUUAGCGCCGGGAUCAGUGGGUGAAAAGCGUAUUUUUUGAUAAUUAACAGUGUUGCUAUGAAAAUAUUAAAUACAUUCACGUAGAACGAAGUUCGCCAUUCACUGCGUUCGUUGAAUGAUACUUAUUAUUUAUAAUAUACACUGUUAGACACAAAAACUGCAUCAAUUUAAAGAUAAUUAUUUUAUUUUAUCAAAAGAUUAUCUUAAGUUAAUUCUUUGAAAUGGUUUUAUUUCGUACGAUUAUACACGCAUGCGGCAGUCUGUUUUUUAAAUUAUGGAAAAAUGAAUUUAUUAAAACAAUUUUUGGAGCCUAUUAUGAGUCAUUUAGUAUGGUUUGAUGAGUUUUUGUGCUAGAUGAUAGAAAAAUGAGCUUUUGACACGAGUCCCAUCGACUCGAAACAUUUAUCUUACGUUCGAAUGUAUUGUAUUAUAAUUUUAUAAAUCGGUUUUAUCUUUGUGUAUUUUAUUAAGGACAAAGGCGCGAGCCAAAUCUAGAUCUUAUUGAGCUUUCAUUCGUACACUCAACGUAGAUUUAUUAUUUCUGUAAGUAGUAUAGACGUCCUAUAGUCAAUGUGCCCACCUGUCGAGUUCGGUAUUUUAGUUGCAUAAAAUUACUUCGUGGCGUGUUUUGGAGAUAUUUACCGAGGUUUGACGUACGCCUACUAUUAAUUAAUAACUAAAUAGUUGUCAGUAUUUCCUUUGUGCCUUUCAAAAAUAAACCUUUUGUGUUCCAAUGAAAUUGUAUUGCACACAACGUUGCUAAACAUAAGUAAAUGGUUGUACACGUUUGAUCGUAGGGUUGCAGUGAAGUUUGCUGGCGUAACUUUGUGAUGUAUAGAGUUUGUAUGAGUUUCUAGAGCGGCCGAUUUUAAGGAAAGUGUCUGUGAUUUAUGCUAAAAUAAUAUUUCAUGCUUAUUCAUAAUUUAACGUAUGUACUUGUUAAAUACUAUUACAUUGUAUAUAGCAGUAAGUAUUAGCGCGUAAUGUUUGUCCUAAUUUGUGACCAAAAUGCAAAAUUUUAAGUAUGUAAUUGAAUCAACAUGAAUUGGUAUAAGUUUCAUGUUAGGUAUUAAUGUACGUCUCUCACGACCCCGUGUUAGGCGCUCGCGGCACUCACCAACUUUAACUAUGAAAAUAUAUGUUACGAGAUUUUGUAUGUAAUCGUUAGUUUGUAUUUCAACCGAUAUAAAAAUUAUGUAGAUUUCAGAUGACAUCUAAGUUAAGGCUAAGUGUAUUGUUAGUCGUCAAAUAUAGUAGGUAUAUCGCGAUGUAUCUAAACAAUAAAAUUCAUGUUCUAACUACGGAUUGUUGAUCAUUAUCAGAAACAUAGUGUGUCACAAAUUUCACUCUGUCUGUAUAUCACGCGUGUUCCGCCUCACACAUGUCCUGAACUUCAUAGGUACUCAACAAUUCAACAGCGAAGCGAAUUGUUUCAUUUACUGACACUCUUAAGUAACAGUUUACUUACAUAAUAAUGAUGAAUGCGUUUGACUCUUUUUGAAAAUAAUGUAUACUACGUAGUAAAAUUAUGCUUUUAUUGGAAAGAGUCAAGCAAAUAAUACAUUGUAUCUACGCAUCCAAUGAUGUCUUUAGUAUUUCUUCCUUUACAUAGCCUUAUUAUUUUAUCAAUUAUAACUACUUUCCUUUUAAAAAAAUAAAACUUCUUUUUUACUGACUUUUGCUGAACGCUCUAUCUUUAACUUCUUUGCUUGCGAUCUUAUCUAUAACAUUGUCGACAUAAAGCAUAAGUGCUACAUUCGUAUAUUCAAAAUACAUUCCUUCUUCAAUUCGCCUCGUUCUGAACAUUUCAGUCCGGACAGACAUCGCAUUACUCAUAUCAGCUAGCAUUUGCCGGAAAUAAAAUAUUAUUAUAUUUUUUAUAAAUGAACCUAAUCGACUUUGAAUUGAAAUAAC